AUGAAUAUACUGGGCAAGGUUGCGUUCUUGCUUUUGAUCGGUGGAAUCUGGUGUCAGAACAACCGCAACAAUGCUAAACCUAGUGGUAAGUCCCCCAAGAAGUCUGGUGGGAACCAAGGAGGUGAUGUUGGUCAGUCUCCCCCCGUGGUCAAUCAGACUCCUGGUAGCACUGGAAGUACUGGAGGCACUGGAAGUACUGGAGGCACUAGAGGCACAGAUGAAGCCACACGUGAGGGUGUUGCAGGAGUUCGAGCUGCUGGACAACAGACAGCUGAUAUGAGAUUGCAAUUCCUCAAGAACACCCAAGUUACAUGCAAUGAUGGAUCAGCAGCUGGGUUUUACCUAAAGGAGUUCAGAGGAAGUCGCCGAUGGCUGAUAUUUCUGGAAGGUGGCUGGUGCUGCCACAGCAAAGAGACCUGUGAUUCCAGGUACCAAAAUAUACCCCGACUAAUGAGCUCAACGGGGUGGCCCCAAACAAAAAGAGGAACUGGAAUAUUGUCUUCUCAAGCAGAGGAAAACCCACACUGGAAUAAUGCAAACAUUGUAUUCAUCCCGUACUGUUCUAGUGAUGUAUGGAGUGGCAAUGGGCCUGCCCCAACUCCUCCUCCAAGGCAGCGACAAGGCAGAGAAAAGGAGAGAGAUAGAAAUACAAAUGCAACUGAGUACACCUUCAUGGGUUCCCUGAUUAUCCGCGAGGUCAUCAAAGACCUCAUCCCCAAAGGAAUCAAACUGGCGAAGGUUGUCAUGCUGUCUGGCACGAGUGCUGGUGGAACAGGUGUUUUGCUGAACAUCGAUAGGGUGGCCAGUCAGCUGGAGCUGCUCGGUGCAGAGGCUCAGGUCCGAGGCCUUGUGGACUCAGGAUGGUUUCUAGAAAGUAAACAGCAGAGAUCACCAAACUGCCCAGAAACUAUCUCCUGCUCACCUGAAGAUGCUAUCAAGAUAGGACUUCGACUGUGGAAUGGGGUUGUGCCUGACAGAUGUCUGCAGCUCUAUAAGAGAGGAGAGGAGUGGCAGUGCUUCUUUGGCCACAAACUGUACUCAACCUUGACCUCCCCUCUGUUUGUGAUGCAGUGGCUGUUUGAUGAAGAGCAGCUGAGAGUGGAAAACAUCUACAUGGGCGGUCAUAGUCUGUCAGAGGAGCAGUGGCAGUACAUACAGAAUUUAGGCAGGGAGCUUAAGAACUCACUUAGAGAUGUCACGGCUGUGUUUGCUCCGUCCUGCCUUUCCCACACAGCGAUCACCAAAAGCAACUGGAUGAGUUUCCAAGUUAAAGGCACCUCUUUACCAAGAGCCCUGCACUGCUGGGACAGGAGUCUGGAGGCAACCCGCAACAACAGAACCCCUUCCAAAGGCUGUCCAUUCCACCUGGUUGACAACUGCCAAAGGCCCCAGUGCAACCCCACCUGCCCAGCCUUGGUGGACCAGACCACCCAGCAGGAGCUCACCCUGUUCCAGAUGCUGGUUGCUAUGGGACUUGACCUCCAGAGGCUGGGCCUAGAUCCCCAGGGAGAUGCAGAUGCUCUGGCCAGCAUGGUCAGCAAUGGUGGCUAA